AUGGCAAAUAAAAGAUAUGGACGGCGAUAUAUGUAUCUCAUGCGAGAAAUUAUCAAAGAGUUUGCGUUGGCAACGUCAUGUCCUGUUGACAUUUCUCAGUUAAAAAAUCUUGGUAUUGACAUUGCAACAGCUCCCGCAAACGCCCCGAGCACAUUUGGAUCAGGGGUAAUUAGUACAGAAUAUCAGCUACUACACUUUCGCCAUCUUUUACAGAAACUGUAUAAACAGGUGCGCUCACUGUUGAACAAAAUUACUCCGUCUACAUUUGACCCGCUGGCUGAGGAAUUUCUCCGUUACAAAUGCUACCAGAAUAAGGAGAAUAUGAAUGAAAUAAUCAACAUUAUAUUCGACAAGGCAGUCGAGGAGCCUAAAUUCUGUCCUCUAUAUAGCGAUCUGUGUAAAAAACAGGUAGUCGACGAGUUACAGGAAAGCAAAAUUUCUGAAUUUCGAAGUGGGAUUUUAACUCGUUGUCAGCAAACGUUUGAGAACAAAUGUCAGUCGGAAAUUGAUAAGAAAAAGAAGGAAGAAUUGAGAGUAGAAGUAAUGGAACUGGAGGCGAAAGAGAGACGCCGGAUGUUUGGCAACAUCGGUUUUAUAGGUCAACUCUAUAGGCACGAAUUGAUAGUGCCAAAAAUUUUGAAGUGCUUUAUUAUUGCUCUUUCUAAUGAUAUUUCAUUUGUUAAUGGUGAUGAAGAAAGUAUUGAGUGUGCUGUACGAAUGUUGGAAACAGUAGGUAAAAUUGUGGAUUAUCAACAACACAGUGAUUUCGACAUUAACGCAUAUUUCCAGCAUCUAAAGGAUCUAAGUAGUUCUGUUUCGAACCGCAUUCGUUUCUUAAUCUUGAACUUAAUAGAACUCCGAGAGAGUAAGUGGAAUCCUCGUAAAUCAGCUGACAGCGGUCCAAUGACGAUAGCUGCAGUGCAUGAUGAAGCAAGGAAGGAGGAAAUGCAGGCAAAAUUAGCCCGAGAGCAGUAUGACAAGACUCGUAAACCGUAUGAUGGACGAGCAUCUCUUGACCGUAGAAGGCCAGCUCUUGUUGGGCGGCAGUCGCAGGAUAAUCGAUUUUUCAAUAAGGGAGACCAGAGUCGAGAUCAGAAGACUCGCGCAGCAGGACAAGCAGCACAUAAUGCAGGGACUUCAAGCCGCAAGCAUCAGACUCUUUCAACUGUUGGUUCUUCGGCCAUAAUUUCUUUUUAA